UGAAGCAGGCUUAAACAAGAUGGCUGAUCUGGGAUCCAGUCUUACAAAAAUGGAUUGGCUUCACCGACUUAAAGUUGGUGGGCCUAUGCCUGGACCAGGAAUAAAUGGAUCUCAAUGUACAACCGAUGCAUUGGGAAGAAUUUCUGGACAGGUAGGAGCAAGAGGAUCUCCAGAUCCACCUGGGCUGUAUGACCACACUGGGCAGACACCUCAAAAAGAUGGGAAACCACCGUACAGUUAUGCAAACUUAAUCAUGCAUGCCAUCAACAGCACAAGCAAAAAACGAAUGACAUUAAGUGAAAUUUAUGCUUGGAUAUGCGAUAACUUUCCUUAUUACAAGGAGGUGGGAAAUGGAUGGAAGAACUCCAUCAGGCACAAUCUAUCAUUAAAUAAAUGUUUCCAGAAAGUUCCCAGAUCAAAAGAUGAUCCCGGCAAGGGAUCCUAUUGGGCCAUACAGACCCUCCCACCAGAUGACCCGCUGCCUCCCACACGCCAUCGCAAAAAACGACCAAAUGACAGACACUCCCCAUACAGCCCAGAUAGUGGCCUGAGUCCUGUUUCGCAGUCACAUUCCAUUUUAGCCAUGCAGAUCAAGUCAGAGUCAGGGAGUAGUCAGUCAUCUCCCUUCAGCUCCAGCUGUCUGGGCAUGAGUCCUGUGUCAGCUCACCAACAAUCUCCACCCUCCCCCAGCAGCAGUAACAACCCUCUCUUCUCAGCAACUAGAGUUACCCAUGAUUCCCUCACAGAAAAUUCUUCCAGACUGCCAGCAUCCUCUGGGUUGAUCUCUGGAAGUUCAGACUCUCAAACUCACGCAGACGAACUCAACAGUUCUGUCUUUAACUUGUACAAAACUAUCUUUGAAAGCUCUUCGGGUGUUCCAAAUUUGAAUUUGUCAGCGUCAGAUUGGCUCCAGAAUUUAGACACAUUAAAAGAAAGUAUGCGAUCCAGUGGGAAUGACUGGCAAAAUAUUGACAUGUCCCAGUUUCAAGGUCUUUUAGAAACUGUGAAACAGUCGGACACAUCAAGCUGGUCGUCUUUUAGCGCAGACAAUUUUGGGGACUUGGCGUCAUCCUUAAACAAUUAUUUCAACCAGGCAGCAUUGUCUCAAAGUCAGAGCAGAGGAGGAGACAGUGGUGGUUUUAUUUCCUGCACCAACAGUAGUGUGGCCUCACCCAAUGUGGCUGUAUCAGUUGAAAGAGUUCCCUCCCAUUUACAUGAACAUCCAAACUUCCUUCAGGGAGAUGAAAUUGAUGAUGACUUUGAGUGGGACAAAAUUCUAUAAUCCUUGUGAUGAAUUGAUGACUUUGAGUGGAACAGAAUUCUUCAAUCCUUGUGAAGAAACUGAUGACUGAGUGGAACAGAAUUCUUCAAUCCUUGUGAUGAUAUUGAUUCAAUCCUCUCAAGACAUUGAGUCUGACAUUAAAACAAUCCCAUAAGUCCAUGACCAUGAAAUUGCAGAGCAGGGGAAAUAACUGUAGUUAAUUUUUCUAUGCAGUUAAUAAUAUUGGAUUCUCUCCCAUGCAACCCUACUGAUAAAAAAAAAAAAUUCCACACACUGGUCAGUGAUAAUUUAAAACUUAUUGAAUCAACUACAAAGUUCAGAGUUGUAUUGGAUGUGAUGACGUUAAUUAUUCUUAGAGAAAUGAUGGUAGCGUAGGGGAAAAGUCAACUUGCAUUAUUUAAAAUCUAAGUACUGUCUUACAAUAUUGUUGAGCUAGAAUUAAGUACUCUGAAUUGGGACCUUCAUUACUCUUAGAAUGAUAACGGAAAUAUAUAUUAAAUGAAAAGGAACUAUAAGGUAAAUGGUAAGUGAAAAUGACCAAGUUUUGAAAAAUGAUCUGGCAACUUUGGUCAUAAACUGUUGAUGGUAAUGUGAUUAGUAUUUGUGAUUUACAACUUUACAACAAAAAUCUACAAAGAUAUAUAUUAUCACAUAGGGUGUGAUAUCAUACAUGUGAUAUACUGAUAAAUUUAAAUUAUUUAUAUAUUUAUUAAGUAUUUUUAUCGAAUUCCUAAGAUGUAUGGUUGUUUUAAAGUAUUUUACAAGAAAUAAUGACUAUAUUUCCUUUGUUCAGAGAAAUUAUUGUGAGUAAAGCAUUUAGAUAUUUUUCUUUGAGAGAUUGAUCCUAUCCUUAAUGAACUUGUAGAGUAGUCACAAGUGGUACGUUAACAUUUUCUAACAUGUACAUAAGAGAUUUUUGUUUCAUUUAUGAUGAUCACAACUUUUAGAUUACUGUAAAUAAUCAUGGCUUUUGUGUUUCUUUUCACAUCAGAAUGUGCAAUUUUCAUAUCUAUUUCUCAUAUGUAAUAAGCAUUUCCAAUCAUUGUUCUUCGCCAAUAAAUGAAAAACAAAAUUUGAUAAUUUUUAAUUUAUUUCCCUAAUUUGAAUUAAAAAUUAUUUUUUCAAAAAAUUUAUAAACAAAAAAGCUAUUUCAAUUUUGUUUCGGUUUUAAUUAAUGGAAAUUUUUAUUUUUUAUUUUGUAUUUAAGUUAUUUAAAAAGUUGUAUUUAUUAUGAUAUAUGAACAACAUAUUGCAUGAUAAAGUGGAAGUACUAAAAUGAGGCUGGUAUCUGAUGAGACACAGAGCCUAUUCACAAAAUGUUGUGACUGCAUAGAUUUUAUCUCAGGGGGGGUUCUGAGCCCUCACAACCCCACCCUACUGACACCACUGGUUGUGCCAGCACUUUUAUUCCGCCAGUACCCGAACUGAAAUCCAAUUUUUUAUUCUUCAAAAAUUAUUUUAAAAAUUCUUGCUUCCUAGUUGUAUGGCACAUUGAUUCAACAAAAAUUAAUCUUAAAUGUUACUGUUAUAUAGAAACUGUGUUCAUUAUUUGAAGGGUCUCUGUAACAGUAGGUUUUAAAACUUCCCAUUUUUUCUCUGGCUUGGCUUGAAAUAUUAUAAUUGCCAGGAGAUAUAAUUUCUUUUGGAAAUAUUUGCUUGCUAAGUUU